AUGGCGGUGGCCAUGCCUCCCGCAUGCACGCUAUCCUGUGUCAACGACCAGGCACACCUCUGCGCCAAAAGCCACCUGGAUUUCAGCUGUCUGUGUGCCUCCAGAGCCCAUAUCCUCAGAUGUUUGAUCGACAAAUGCCCCUUUGGCAACUACCUGCCCGCCAGAGACCACUAUCUGGGCACGUGCAUCGAGCGAAUUCCCGAAUUGGCCUCCAACCCGCUCUACAAUAUCCAUCUGAGAGAGCGCGAGCCACCAUCGGCAUCGAGCCAUGCGUACUGGAUCUGGGACGCCAGAAACCCCGACUCUGGCGUCAUCAUCAAUGGCACAACUGUGGUGGACGCCAAUCGCAGCAACAACGCCGUUGCAGGCACGAAACUGCCGAAAAUGGUUUCGACGGGCGACUUCUUCAAAGACGAAGAGAAAGCUCGUGACUCAGACAGCAAAGAGCUGGCAACAUUAGAGCGGGAGUAUGAGAAGAUGCGGCAUCAAUUCUCUUAUAUGCGGAAGCAGUACGUGGAGUCAGAGGCCAAAGUAUCAAUGGAGCAGCACCUGGGAGACUCGCUGAUUGCGCCUCUAGCUUCGAAAAUCUCCACACCUUCAUAUGAGUCGCGGCCAGAAUCGAACGCUCGAGAUCUCGCAAAAGAAGAGCCUACCUUGCACCUCCAGUUUGCAACCCAAAAGCAACUGUUUGACUCACCUUACGGUAAGCAGCAGCGCCCAAAUUUUGCAACAGGCAAUCUGGAUAUGGAAGACAUGAUUCGGCGGCUAGAUGAAGCAAUCGCAGUUGAUAGCAGCCACAUGGGUGAGGAUGACGAUGAGGACGAAUAUGAGGAGACAACGGUUGCAGACGCCUUGAAGAAAGGAGUAGUCAAAAAGCUGGCGAAGUCUAAAAAAGGCAAGACUAAAAAAUUGGGAGCCAAGUCCAAACCUGCAGCGCACGAGAACAACAGUCCUGCUGGCAAAAAAAUCCGGUUUUCGUCGAACAUUUUCAGAACGCCCAACUGA